AUGCAAGAUCAUAUACAGAAAAUUAUUAACAAAGACAUUCAUGAUCAUUAUUUAGGCAAGACCAUACAAGAUGAAGUUAUUGAUACUAUAGGCCAAGCUGUUCUACAGGAAAUUAUUGCUAGAAUUAAGUCGGCAAAGUAUUUUGCAGUGAUUCUUGACUGCACUCCUGAUAUCAGUCAUCAGGAACAGAUGUCAAUGGUGCUAAGAUAUGUCGCUGAUAGCACACACUCAGAUGUCCCAGCAGGAAUUUAUGAACAUUUUAUAAAGUUUAUUAUAGUCGAGAGCAGCACUGGUGAAAAUUUAUUUAACACUCUUGUGAAAGAAAUUGAAAUGCUAGGACUAGAUGUUGAAAACAUCAAAGGACAAGGGUAUAACAAUAGAGCUAAUAUGAAAGGGCACAAUUCUGGAGUGCAAGCACGACUUUUGGAAAGAAAUUCACGAGCUUUCUAUACUCCUUGUGUGUGCCAUAAUUAUAAUCUUAUUCUAGGAGAUAUGGCUAAAACGUGUUCAGAUGCCAUAACAUUUUUUGGAACCCUGCAGCGUAUUUACACCCUUUUUGCUUUAUCUACAAAAAGAUGGACUGUUUUUAAAAAGCAUGUGAAAGGCCUGUCUGUUAAACCAUUGUCAGAAACAAGAUGGGAAUGUAGAAUGGAAAGUGUUAAAGCUGUACGAUUUCAAGCCGCAGAAGUGUGUAAUGCUUUAGAAGAACUAGCAAAAAGCACAAAUGAUGCUCAAGGGAAAAGUGAGGCUGAAUCAUUAGUAAGCCAAAUGACAAAUUAUAGGUUUCUGGUUGCACUAUGUUUUUGGCACUCUUUAUUGUUUCAAGUAAAUUUUACUAGCAAGGAACUUCAAAGCAAUACCAUAGACAUUGCCGCGGGGCUGACAUCUUUUGAAAAAUUGUUUGAUUGGUUGAAGAAAUACCAAGAGACAGGUUUUGUAGCUGCAUUGAUUGAUGCCAAAGAGCUUGCAAAUGAGUUAGAAGUUGAACCCAUAUUUCAACAGAAGCGCUGUUACAAGAAAAAGAAAAUGUUUCUUUAUGAAUCUUCUGACGAACCAAUUUUAGACCCCAAGACAGAACUCCGGGUAAAUUUUUUCAAUCAAGUUGUAGACAAAGCAUUGCAAUCUCUUCAACCACGGUUUAUGCAGCUGAAAGAACACCAUAAACUGCAUUUCCAAAUUUGUUCAUAGCCCUAAAAAUACUGAUGACAAUUCCAGUUACAGUCGCUUCCGGUGAAAGAAGUUUUUCAAAACUAAAAUUAAUUAAAACCUACCUUAGGUCAGUAAUUAACCAAGAACGACUAAACAAUUUGGCACUAAUAUCAAUUGAAUCUCCUAUAAGUAGAGAAAUUAAUUAUGAAAAAAUUCUAAAAGAUCUCGCAAGCAAAAAAGCAAGAAAGAUCCACUUUGACUUAUAGAUUAUUUGUUUAUUAUGACAAUAACAAGAAGUGUUUAGUUUAAAUUCAUUGUAAUAUUUUUAUUAUUGUUUAUUGAUUCGUUUGUGGAGUUAUGUUUUUUUGUAUAAUAAAUGUGUUUCAAUAAUUUUAUUAAUAGUAGUUAUUGUAAAAAAAAAAUCAGGUGGGCCCCGCAAGCAUUCGUUAAAUUGGGCCCCGCAAUUCGUAAGGCCGGCCCUGAUCAUUAUUAUUAUUAAUAAAAAAGUUUAGAAAAAUAAUAUAUUUUAUAAAGAAUAUUUAGGCUUUGAGUUUAUAAUACCUAAAUAUAAUUUUUAUAUGAGGUCAUGAGAAAAAAAGUGGUGUAAGCAACAUAUCAAAACAAUGGAGAAAAUAGUAAAAAUAAAAUUCCGUAGUUUUUUAAUUGAAUUAUCUCAUUUGUUUUUGAAUUUAUAGCAGCUUUUUAGUUUUAACCAUCUAAUGAGACAUUACUUUAAGUUUUUUAUAGAGUUACGUUACGCGAAAAAACACAUUUUGUAUAUUUGUGGGUUACACCGCUUUUAUCAAUCUGCAAAAUGGCCAAAAUUUCUAAACUAGAGCAAGUCAUAAAGCAACAACAACUGUAAUUAGAUGAACUUGUUUAAAAUUCUAAUAAACAAACUAUUAAAACAACCAGAAAUAUUUAAUCCAGUUGGGUUACAGUUGCAAACAAGACCAAAAAAAAAUCCGUCGAGCAAAUAACCUUAAUUAAAGCCUUCUCCAUUGAGCAACAACAACAAAAAAAGCAAGAAAAAAAUGUAUUUAUUUAUGGUGUUAAAGAGUCUACUAAGUUAUUAGAUGUAGAUAAACAAGUAGACUGGAAAAGGUUUAGAACAUAUUAACUACUAUCGCAUCUGAUGCAAAACCAAAGUUUGUUAAACGUAUUAAAUCUAUGUCCUCUAACCAAGACCAACUAUCGUUGAACUAUCAGAUGUUUCUGUAAGCGAAAUACAUCAGCGAAAAAUUCCAAAAAAUUCAGAUGAUUACAAAAAUGUCUUUAUAAGCCCAGAUCUGAUUGAGGCUGAGCGAUAUCUACAUUUUCAGUUAAGAAUGAAGCGUAAUGAAUUAAAUAGUAGUAUAAAUCUAAAAAAUAUCGCCCUUUAGAUACGGUAUACAAAGCAGCGGAAUGGUUAUGCUUAAAAAUCUCCAAACCACUGAGAAUCACUACCCUUACUAUACUCUCCUACCAAUGAAAUCAAAAUACAAGGGUAAAAACCUACGUAACCUUAAACAAACUACAGCGUUAAUUAUUACUACACUAAUGCAACGUCUUUUAAUAAUAAAAUGAACGAUUUAAUUGCAAUAGCUAGAACGUUUGACUAUCAUAUUAUUGCUGUCUUCAAAACAUGGUUUCGAAACAACUCAGUUCCUAACAUCGAUGGGUAUAAUUUUUAUCGCAAAGAUCGCCGUGACGGACGUUAAAGUGGCGGUGUAGCUAUCUACAUUACGGACUUAUUUACUUAUUUUAUUUACUUAUUUAUAUAUUUUAUUUACAGACUUAUUUAUAUAUUUUAUUUACGGACUUAUUCUCACAAAGUUAAUCAGUUUUAUACCAACCCUCUUGAAUAAGUUUGGGUAUCAGUAAAAGUUAAUAAUAAAUGGAUACUUAUUGGGUGUGUAUAUAGACCAAAUGAUGCUAAUCUUAUAAACGUCGCUGAAUCUUUCAAAUUAGCUCAUAGCUUAAUUAGGAAGCCCUAUGACGACUGUUUAAUCGUUGGUGAUUUUGAUUUCCCGAAUAUGAAGUCGUCUAACAAUGGUAUUAAUUCUUUCAAUCCAAACAAUUCUAACGAGUAUGAAUUUUGAAAAAUUUACCAAAACAUCCUCUUUACACAACACAUCACAUUCCCUACUUUUCAGACAACCUAUGGUUUCCCAAAAAAUAUGUUGGAUUUAUUAUUUACCUAAAACAAUGAUUCUACUUUAAAUUCGUCUCCUAAUGCUAUACUAGUUAAUAACACUAAGAGUCACUUUAGUAUUACCUGUAGAAUCUUAG